CUACAGGAUUGGAACCAAAUCGCUCUUUCCUCUCUCAUGUCAUGGCGAUGGAGCUGCAGCCUGCAAGUGCCUUCUGAGUUGUUCACCCACCUACAAUAUCUCUCAUCUCUCUUUUGAGUUCUCCCAACCAUCACUCUUCUCAUUUCUCAUGUCUAUUGAUUGCCUUUCCGACCUUAAACCCUGCAGCUCGUUUCAUUUAUCAGUAAACUGACUCGAAGCCGAGAACGGCGUAUACUCAAUUGUGACAAGGCAGGGUUCAACAACUACUGAACUAAAAUGGGAUGCAUUUGCUCAAAAGUCAUGGGCAGAUCAAUGAGUCUUGAAGAAGACUUGAACCAGAGCUUGCAGGGGAGAGCCAAUGGCGAACUAUUCAUCUCAAGUAAUGUCAGUGAUGAGUUAUUUCCACUUGUUUACACCUUUAACACCAUGGAAAACAAAUCCCAAACUGGGAGUUUCGUUCAAGAGUUGAACACAAGCCAUAACCCAGAUGCUGAGCCUGUAAAAACCGAGACUGCUAAGCCAUGGGAGUUGAUGACAAGAUUUGAAGAACAGGGAGAGGGAAAAUAUAUGCAGCAAGAGGCUCAGCUGCUGCUGUUGCCACCACCUGAAGUAGUGGAAUGUGCUGAUUUCAAUAUGACUAAACGGUCUAAAAGCUGUCAUUGGUCGUUCCCAGAGCAUGAGGUGUUGUCUCUUGCUCUAGGGAUCUCUAAUGGGGUUAAAGAAGUGGGAUUCAAUUGGAGCAAUAAGGGUAUUGUACGCUGUAGAAGUUUUCAUUCAGUGGAGGAAUAUGAUGCAAUGGUGGAAAGAAUUUGGUCGUCCAGGUUGCAGCAAACAGGAUUUGAUGAUGAUGAUGAUGAUGCAGUAACUAGGAUUCUUCUUCACCAUUCUGAAACCUCAUCUAAGGAAUCUCACCAUGCUGACCAUACUGAUUCUGAUAUCCAGGCAUUGGAUCAAUGGUGCCAUAGCAACAAACAUUCAGCAAAGGAGAACCCCAGGACUGAGGAGACUGGCGCACUGUUGACUUCAGCACUAGAAACUAAAGAAGUCAUCUUGAGUACUUCUAGUAGCUGCAGCACUGCUGGGGAUGUCGAGGGAGGACACAAUACAUUUGAGAAGGAACCAAAGAGAGAGGCUAUUGCGAAACGGCUAAGAUCACUCAGAAUCCCAUCAACCGUUGAAUUCCCAGCCAUUGCUAGUCUUAGAGAAUGGCUUCCCAUGGAAGGACAAAUUUACUCACCUGGAGCUUAUGUCACUCCUAAAUUUGGUAGCUAUGCUUUACCAAUUGCCGGGACUGAAAAUGAAUGCAGUGCAAGCGUCCCCUUCAGUCCGGAAUUGGUGGCAGCCUUUGAAGAGAGCAUGAAACAACUUGAAGCAGAAGAAGAAAGCAUUCUCAACCAGAUUGCAGAGCAGCUGGAGGAAGAUUGCACAAAUGAGAAGGAACCCAAAGGGUAAAUUUCAUCCCACA